AUGAAAGCAGUCGAUAUCAAAGGCGGCAAAGGCGAAAGAGACGCCCUCUUCAUCAACGCCCAGACACCCAAACCAACCCCCUCCACAGGCCAAGCCAUUGUCAAGAUCAGAGCCUUCGGCAUCAACCGCAUGGACAUCAUCCAACGCCGCGGCUUCUACCCGCUCCCACCACAGGCCCCCCUCACGCUGGGCGUAGAAUUCAGCGGCACAAUCGAGUCCUUUGGGCCCGGCGACCACGGCGCCUUCAAAGUCGGUGACGAGGUACUCGGCCUAGCGUACGGGGGCGCCUACGCGGAGUACAUCGCCGUCAGCUCCAAGAUGCUGCUCCACAAGCCGGACCACAUGAGCUUCGAGCAGGCUGCCGCCGUGCCGGAGACAUGGAUCACCGCCACGCAGGCCCUGCACAUGGUGCUGGGGUUCACGAAGGGGAAGUCUAUUCUCUGGCACGCCGGCGCAUCGGGGGUGUCCAUCGCGGGGAUUCAGCUGUCCAAAGCGGCGGGGGCGUCGGCGGUGUUCGCGACGGCUGGGUCAGAUGAGAAAUGUGCGUUUGUGACGGGGCAGAUUGGGGCGACGGCGGCGUUUAACUACAAGACGACGGAUUGGGCCAAGGAGAUCAAGGAGCAGACGGGGGGCAAGGGCGUGGAUUACAUUGUUGACUUUGUGGGUGCGGAUUACUUUCAGAAGAAUUUGGACGUGGCGGCGAGGGAUUGCAGGAUCGUGAUGCUGGGGACGUUGAGUGGUGGCAAGGUGCCGAAUGCGGAUAUUUCGCAGAUUUUGUUUAAGAGGAUUCGUAUUGAGGGGAGUACGUUGCGGAGUAGGGAUGAGGAUUACCAGGGCAGGUUGAGGGAUCGGCUGGAGACGUAUUGUCCUCAGUUUGGGGAUGGCAGCCUCAAGAUUAUUGUGGACAGGGUGAUGCCGUGGGAGGAGAUUCAGGAAGCGCACAAGUACAUGGAGGAUGCGAAGAACACUGGCAAGAUAGUCUGUACUAUUUCCUAA